GGCAUCUCCAGCACGACUCAGUUUCCCCCUUGGAGAAGACAUCUGAGCAACAUGACCACUGCUUGGGCUGUCCUGCUGCUCCUGGGCUUGGCUGCCGCAGCCCCCCAAACACAAGUCCUGACCUACGAGCAGGCCAUCGCCUUGGCCGUUGACCUCUACAACCAGCAGAAACCCUCGCAGUUUGUCUUCCGCCUGCUGGAGGCUGAACCCCAGCCAAACUGGGACCCCAACAGCAAAACUGCCCAGGUGCUGAAGUUCUCCGUCAAGGAGACGGUGUGUCCCUCCUCGCAAGGGCAGAACCUGUCCCAGUGCAAUUUCAAAGAAGAUGGGCUGGAUAAAGAUUGUUCCGGAAUCUAUUCGGCACAACAACAGCCCCCGAUUUUUAGCAUCCGGUGUGAGGACAUUAAUCAAGAGCUGAACCGGAUCACCAGAAUUCGCUGGAGGAGAGUCGCAAAGAUUGCAGGUCGUGUGGCCCUCGCCCUGAUUGGCAGAUAGGGGGGUGUUGAGAGGGGAUAUCCCUUCCAUUCCUGAGAUCUCUGACAGCUUCAAGACUUUGCUUGCAUCUUACUAAUUCCAUGUGAUUUUUUUUUACCUCUUGUUUUGAUACGUUCCGAAUUGCAUAAUAAAAUCUCAUUUGGACCA